GGCUGAAGCUGCGAUUGGCGGCUAGAGAUGCUCGGGGAGUUUGGGCGGCUCCUGCGAAGCGUGUGUCUAUGUGUGUGUGUCAGGCUAGGUAGAGCCGUGCAAGGCAAGGGACCGGCUGAAAGAGUCAAGAGGUAGUUCUUUGCUGUAGGAGCAAUGGAGAUGCAAUCUUACUACACCAAACUCUUGGGAGAGCUCAAUGAGCAGCGGAAGAGGGACUUCUUUUGUGACUGUAGCAUCAUUGUGGAGGGGAGGAUUUUCAAGGCCCACAAAAACAUUCUGUUUGCCAACAGUGGUUACUUCAGAGCUUUGCUGAUCCACUACAUCCAAGACAGUGGCCGACACAGCACUGCUUCCCUGGACAUUGUUACAUCAGAGGCCUUCUCAAUUAUCCUGGACUUCCUUUAUUCAGGGAAGUUGGAUCUUUGUGGGGAAAACGUGAUUGAAGUUAUGUCUGCAGCCAGUUACCUGCAGAUGACUGAUGUUGUCAACUUCUGCAAGACAUACAUCAGGUCAUCACUGGACAUCUGCAGGAAAAUAGAGAGAGAAGCUGCCUUUUAUCAGGCUGACAGUGGGAGCUCUAGUUCUGCUCGAGAGGGCACGUCAUAUGGGGCAAAGAGCCAGUGCUCGGCGUCGGUUUCAUCUCUGCAGGAGAAAGAGAGGGUUCCAGAUUGCCAGCGAGACCCUCCCUGCGGGGAAUGUUGCAGCUGCCACCCCAUUCAGCUUGUAGUGCGGGACCCUGUAAGCAGUGACUCUCCAGAUGACACAAAUUCUUCACUGCCCAAAGUGGUAGAACCCAAAGUAGAGUUUGAUGCAGACGAAGUGGAAGUAGAAGUUGGCGAGCGACUACAGCAGUACCCAGCACCGCUGACGAUUGAGCAGAUAGAGGAAGGGCUCCAUAGUGGCCAGGCCAUGGACCUGGCAUGCAACAACUAUCACAUGAAGCAGUUUUUAGAAGCUCUGCUGCGCAACAGUGCAGCCCAGAGGAAGGACGAUGUGGUCCAUCAUUUUGUCCGUGGGUUUGAGGGUAGGCCAGAGGAUGCAGGAGUGCCCAUGAGUUCCGUGGUGGACAUUCACAAUGACUGGUAUGGAGAGGAUGCAGGUGAUGUGCUGGUCGUGCCGAUCAAGCUGCACAAGUGCCCAUUCUGCCCAUACACGGCCAAACAGAAAGGGAUCCUGAAGCGGCACAUCCGUUCACACACAGGCGAGAGGCCCUACCCAUGCGAGAUAUGCGGCAAGCGCUUCACACGGCAGGAGCACCUCCGGAGCCAUGCUCUGAGUGUCCAUCGGUCAAACAAGCCAAUCAUCUGCAAGGGCUGCAGGAGAACGUUUACAAGCAGCCUUUCCCAAGGCUUGCGCCGCUUUGGAUUGUGCGACAGCUGCACUUGUGUCACGACUACGCACGAGGAUUCAAUGCCCAUUAACCUCAGUCUGAUGGAACCUUCAUCUGAAGGCCAAGAAAAGAGCGACCCAGACAACGAUUGGCCCAUCUAUGUGGAAUCUGGUGAUGAAAACGACCCCCCUGAAGAUGAUGAUCCUGACCCGGAUCCUGACGACAAGCAGGAUCUCCAUCGAGAAGCACUUAUGUAGCAGCAAAAAGAGGGUGGGGAGGUGUAAAUUCUUUUUCUUAUUUGAUUUGUCAUCCUGACAGCCGGAAAACUGCAUAUUUAUCCCAAGUUGUGAAGUUUGUGGGGUUUUUAUAUGAAUAAAUUCCAUUUCCUAGAACAGGUAGGAACAACUGGACUUUUAAAAUUCUGAAAUGUCUUUUUAACUUGUUAGUGCUGUGCGCUACGCCUUUGAAAGGAAUUGUGUGUCCAGGCUGAGCAGAGGCUAUGUUCCUUGCAGACCUUCUUCCACCCUUUGGAUAUGAGGCCAGGCUUUGUCCCUUUAUGGCCAGCAAUCUUCCAUAUUCCUGUGAUCUUGUCUCUCUUCCCCCCCCCACCCCACCUGUUUUCUGCCUCUCCCUCUCCCUCUCCUCUCAGGAUCUGGGUCUCAAACUUAAUUCUGAACUGCUGCUUUCUAUCCUGGACUUUUAAUUCUACCUUAGAAAUGUAGAUGAUGACUUGAUCAAUGCAAACAAGGCUAAAAGUCCACUACCAUUAAAGCAUAUCCAAGAAUGAACAGUUGUGUACACAUAAAUCUAGAAAUGGCUCUUUUUAUACAGUAUUUUAUUUUUUACUGUACGUUUAUAAAAACUAAAUACUGACACUUCUGUUCAUCCUCAAGAAACUUGCGAGGAAGGUAUCUAGUCAGGCAGCAGAUAAACAGUAUGCAGAUUUCUGUGGCAACCUCCUUGAGGAUCUGAGCCAUUCAACCAGGCACUGACCGUUUUUGUAGCGCUUCAACCGGGAAAGGCCUUUCAGGGUUAGGCCAUGUAGCUACUACAAGCCACAUACUUUUGACGUGUUUUGAAGUGGGACCAUAACUCAGUGGUACAGAAAGUCGCAGGUAGGAUCCUGGCAACAUCUCCAGCUAGAAGGAUCAGGUAGCAGCAGGCAGUAGGGAAAAAAGUCACUGCCUGAGGUCCCACCCUGGAGAGGAACUGCUGCUGCUGUCACAAAUCAGCAUAGAAAAUAAUGGGCUGGGUGGACAUACCUUCCUAUGAAUUAGAGUAUUUUUGUUACCGAUCUGUCUGGAGACAAUUCCAGCACAUAAUCUGUUAAACAUUUAUUUAAGUAAUUACUGAAAAUGUUCUUCUCAUUGUGCAGGCCCAUUUUUUUCCUUAAGAAAAAAAACCAAACAAAACCAGCAUGCCUGCGUGCCUUUAAUGGAUUUGCAAAAUCGUACCUGCUUAUAUCUCUAAGCACCAGGAGAGCAGACAUGGCAGCAGCAGGAAGUCCCUCACAAUGAGGGGAAAUGUGAGAGGGAUAAAUAUAAAAUCCUGAAGAGGAUCUCAUGAAAUGCCUGAGAGCUGGCCAUACAGAUGCUUGUUGGAAUUGCAAGAACCUCAGUUUACUCCCCCUCGUUUAAGCAACAAACUACUCAAGGCUACAAGAACACCAGAGUUCUGGUCAUUGUAGAUGGCAUGAAUUGCCCCCUUCUCAAAUAACCAUACUCAUGCAAUUAUUGUAAAAAAUGUGAAUAAGCAAGGUAGCUGGCCGCUCUUCUGCUUAUACGACUUCUCUGACGUAGCCCCUGUGCUCUGGCUGUCCUACAACCCCGCCCCCCUGUAUA